CUUUUGACUCAGUCGUCUUCUUCCUUCAUCACACUCUCCCGCACCUAAAAAAAACCCUUUUCCCCAGAAUUUUAUUUCGCUAAAGAAAAGAAAAAAAAUUCCAUCUCCUUCUCCCGGCCGAGAAAAUCACUAGCAAACAGAAAGGGCGAGAGAAAGAGAGCAGAAACGAAGACAGGCAAAUUGAGGAACAGUCCUGGGCAUCACCAUCAAGCGCCCCAGGCUAGCCUAGCCACUCGAACAACCAACUCCAUUCCACAGCCAUAUUCUUUCAUUUCAUCGUGGAAACUUGCCGAUUUUCCUCUAAAUUUGGCGGAUCUACUGCUAAAUUUAGAGGAAGAAUAGCUGAAAGGGGGAGACACAGGGAGUGGAUUCUAGGGUUUUGAUACACACAACUGCAAUCUCAAACACACCUACUCCCUCUUUGUCCCUUUGCACCUCUCGCCAAGAUGAUGAUCUCGCGGGGACUCUUCGGGUGGUCUCCGCCACACAUACAGCCGUUGACGCCUGUUUCCGAGGUGUCGGAGCCGCCGGAAUCUCCCUCCCCCUACCUCGACCUCAGCGCUGAGGCCGCCGCAACUGGCGCAGCUGCGCAGGCCGAAGCCGACGAGGAGAUGGAGGAAGCCGAGGAGAUGGAGCAGCCUCCAGCUGCCGUGCCCUUCUCCAGGCUGUUUGCUUGCGCGGACCGGUUGGAUUGGGUGCUCAUGAUCGUUGGCUCGGUUGCUGCGGCUGCACAUGGGACUGCCCUAGUUGUUUACUUGCAUUAUUUCGCCAAGAUUAUUGAAGUUAUGCGGAUUGGUGGUAGUAGUAGUGCGGAGGAGCGGUAUGAUAAGUUCAUGGAUCUCGCUUUGGCCAUUGUUUAUAUUGCCGGGGGUGUUUUUGCUGCUGGUUGGAUAGAGGUAUCAUGUUGGAUUCUAACUGGAGAACGUCAGACUGCCGUCAUCAGGUCAAACUACGUUCAAGUGCUACUUAACCAGGACAUGAGUUUUUUCGACACAUAUGGGAAUAAUGGGGACAUUGUAAGCCAAGUAUUAAGUGAUGUGCUUCUCAUUCAAUCUGCUCUUAGCGAAAAGGUUGGAAACUAUAUACAUAACAUGGCUACAUUUUUAAGUGGUCUUGUUAUUGGAUUCAUCAACUGCUGGCAGAUCACCCUCAUAACAUUAGCCACCGGUCCAUUCAUUGUUGCUGCAGGAGGCAUAUCAAAUAUAUUUCUUCAUCGGCUUGCAGAAAGUAUUCAAGAUGCAUACGCGGAAGCUGCUAGCAUCGCUGAACAGGCUGUAUCUUAUAUUAGGACCUUGUAUGCUUUCACAAAUGAAACUUUGGCCAAGCAUUCAUAUGCUAACUCUCUACAAGCAACUCUAAGAUAUGGUAUUUUGAUUAGUCUUGUACAAGGACUUGGGCUUGGCUUUACAUAUGGGCUCGCGAUAUGUUCUUGUGCCUUGCAACUUUGGGUUGGUAGGUUCCUUGUUACACAUGGCAAGGCUCAUGGUGGUGAAAUUGUAACAGCACUCUUUGCUGUAAUUUUGAGUGGCCUUGGACUGAAUCAAGCAGCAACAAACUUCUACUCAUUCGAUCAAGGUCGCAUCGCUGCUUAUAGACUUUUUGAGAUGAUAAGCAGAUCCUCCUCCACUGUUAAUCAAGAGGGUAACACCUUAUCUUCAGUCCAAGGAAAUAUCGAGUUUCGGAAUGUGUAUUUCAGCUAUCUGUCACGUCCUGAGAUCCCUAUCUUGAGUGGCUUUUACCUGACUGUUCCUGCAAAAAAGACUGUAGCACUUGUUGGAAGAAAUGGCUCAGGGAAAAGCAGUAUCAUCCCACUCAUGGAGCGGUUUUAUGAUCCUACCUUAGGAGAAGUUCUUCUUGAUGGAGAAAAUAUUAAGAAUUUGAGACUGGAAUGGCUGAGAAGCCAAAUUGGACUCGUCACUCAGGAGCCUGCUCUGCUUAGUCUAAGUAUAAGAGACAAUAUCGCUUAUGGACGUGAUGCUACUUCAGAUCAGAUUGAAGAGGCUGCAAAAAUAGCUCAUGCACAUACGUUUAUCAGUUCAUUGGAGAAAGGAUAUGCUACUCAGGUGGGCAGGGCAGGCAUAUCCUUGUCAGAGGAGCAGAAAAUCAAACUUUCUAUCGCCCGAGCUGUGCUUUUAAAUCCAACAAUUCUUUUGCUUGAUGAGGUCACGGGAGGGCUCGAUUUUGAAGCUGAGAGGGCAGUUCAAGAGGCCUUGGAUCUCCUCAUGCUAGGCCGGUCAACGAUAAUAAUAGCUCGACGUCUUAGUCUUAUAAGAAAUGCUGAUUACAUAGCUGUUAUGGAGGAAGGUCAGCUUGUGGAAAUGGGUACACAUGAUGAAUUGUUGUCUUUAGAUGGAUUGUAUGCUGAGCUUCUCAAAUGUGAAGAAGCUGCGAAGCUUCCCAGGAGAAUGCCAGUUAAAAAUUACAUGGAUGCUUUUCAAGUUGAAAAAGAUUCCUCUGCUAGUCACAGCUUCCAAGAGCCGACCUCUCCAAGAAUGACCAAGUCUCCCUCUCUUCAAAGAGCUCAUGGUGUCAUGCGUCCUCCUGAUGGCACCUAUAGUUCACACGAGUCUCCAAAAGUUCGGAGUCCCCCGUCAGAGACAAUGAGAGAAAAUGGCCUCUCUUUGGAUGGAUCUGAAAAGGAACCAACAAUUAAAAGGCAAGAUAGUUUUGAAAUGAGACUUCCUGAGUUGCCCAAGAUUGAUGUCCAUGCCACACAUCAACAAAAAUCAAAUGGAUCUGACCCUGAAUCCCCUGUAUCUCCACUUUUAACUUCUGAUCCCAAAAAUGAGCGUUCACACUCUCAGACUUUCAGUAGACCCCACAGUCACUCUGAUGAAUUUCCUCCUAAACUGAAGGAUUUGGAGGAUGCAAAGCAUCGUGAAUCACCAUCCUUUCACAGACUUGCCGAACUUAGCUUUGCUGAGUGGCUUUAUGCUGUGUUAGGAAGCAUCGGUGCUGCUAUAUUUGGCUCAUUUAAUCCACUUCUAGCUUAUGUGAUUGCUUUGAUCGUUACUGCUUAUCAUAGAAGGGAUGAACACUCUCACUUGCGUCAUGAGGUGGACAAAUGGUGCUUGAUAAUUGCCUGCAUGGGUGUAGUGACAGUUGUUGCAAAUUUUUUGCAACAUUUCUAUUUUGGUAUUAUGGGGGAGAAAAUGACCGAAAGGGUGAGGAGAAUGAUGUUCUCAGCAAUGCUUCGAAAUGAAGUUGGAUGGUUUGAUGAUGAAGACAACAGUGCUGACACACUAUCAAUGCGCUUGGCCAAUGAUGCCACAUUUGUGCGAGCCGCAUUUAGCAACCGGCUUUCUAUAUUUAUACAAGACAGUGCUGCAGUUAUUGUGGCCGUUGUCAUUGGGAUGUUAUUGCAGUGGCGAUUGGCUCUGGUGGCCUUGGCAACCCUGCCCAUUCUCAUCAUUUCUGCAAUUGCCCAGAAACUGUGGCUAGCUGGAUUCUCAAAGGGAAUCCAGGAGAUGCACCGGAAGGCUUCAUUGGUUCUUGAGGAUGCUGUUAGAAACAUCUACACUGUUGUAGCUUUCUGUGCUGGCAACAAAGUAAUGGAACUCUACAGGUUGCAGCUCCAGAAAAUAUUCAAGCAGAGCUUUUUGCAUGGUGUGGCCAUCGGAUUUGCAUUUGGCUUUUCUCAAUUUCUUCUCUUUGCCUGUAAUGCGCUGCUUCUCUGGUACACUGCCUAUGCCGUGAAGGAGGGCCACAUGAGUUUGUCUACUGCACUCAAGGGAUACAUGGUUUUCUCAUUCGCAACUUUUGCGCUGGUGGAGCCUUUUGGGUUGGCACCUUACAUACUCAAGCGCCGAAAGUCUCUCAUCUCAGUGUUCGAGAUUAUAGACAGGGUGCCCAAGAUUGAGCCUGACGAGAAUUUGGCACUAAAACCUCCGAAUGUCUUCGGUAGCAUUGAGUUGAAGAAUGUUGAUUUCUGUUAUCCAACCCGUCCAGAGCUGUUGGUAUUAAGCAAUUUCAGUCUGAAAGUCAAUGGGGGUCAAACGGUAGCAGUAGUAGGAGUAUCAGGGUCGGGAAAGAGCACCAUCAUCUCUCUGAUUGAGAGAUUCUAUGAUCCAGUUGCUGGUCAGAUUACGCUGGACGGUCGAGAUUUGAAACUUUAUAACCUCAGAUGGUUGAGGAGUCACAUGGGUCUUGUUCAGCAGGAACCGAUCAUCUUCUCAACAACAAUUAGGGAAAAUAUCAUCUACGCUAGGCACAAUGCUAGUGAAGCUGAGAUGAAGGAAGCCGCACGAAUAGCUAACGCUCACCAUUUCAUCAGCAGCCUACCUCAUGGUUAUGACACUCACGUGGGAAUGCGCGGUGUGGAUCUAACGCCAGGGCAGAAGCAAAGGAUAGCUAUUGCUCGGGUGGUGCUCAAGAAUGCACCGAUUUUGCUACUCGACGAAGCUAGUUCUUCCAUAGAAUCAGAAUCCAGUCGGGUGGUGCAAGAGGCACUAGAUACACUGAUAAUGGGAAACAAGACGACCAUCUUGAUUGCUCAUAGAGCUGCAAUGAUGAGACAUGUGGACAAUAUUGUGGUUCUAAAUGGAGGACGGAUUGUGGAAGAGGGGAGCCAUGAUGCCUUGAUGGCAAAGAACGGGUUGUAUGUCAGAUUGAUGCAGCCUCACUUUGGCAAAGGCUUGCGCCAGCAUCGUCUUAUUUAGGGUUUGGCUUUAUCCAUCAGUAUGUCUGAAUCUUGAUUUUUGGUUAUACAAGCAGCUGGCCUCUCGUCUGGUUACAAGUAUAAAGGAAUAUGCUACUACAGGAGCUAUAUUUGUUGGAGUGUCGAUAAGAUGGCAGCUGUAUCCAGAGUGGACAGACAUGUGUAUGAUGAUACGAAGAAGGCUUACAACAAUGUUAAUCGAGAGAAAUGGGAGGUUGUGCAGUGGGUGAGGGAAGCUUUUGAGUUGUUAAGACUUUAGGAUUUAGGAAGGCUGGUGAUUUUGAUGUUUGAAGGUGAUGGUUGGUCAGGUCUGCUCAGGGUGUGGCUGGAUGAAGAUAAUUCUUUGUGGAGGCAUGGAGUGGUGUUAGUAGGUUGAUGGACCAAUGGUUUCUUGCCUCCAUGGUAAUAUAUAUGUUUUGAUUUGUUGAUUAUCACGUCGCGCGCGGGAAAUGGACUAGAAGAAAGGGAGAGUAGUGUAAAUCUAUUUCUAGUGAUGUGUGUUUGGGUUUUCUCGUUGGUUAGAUUUCGAAAUCUUUUAUGGUCUUCUUGAAUGUAAUCGGUUUAUGGAGCACUGCAGCAGAGUUAUCGGGCCACUGUAUAUUCUUUUACCAUACUGGAAGGGGUAAAUUAAGGAGGAGGGAAGGAGGAGGAAGGGGCAUUUGUUGUAAUCUUUUUUCUGUAAAUAACCACGUUGAUAAUUCUAUAGCUUUUUCAACAUUCCUCAACUACUGUAACAUUGGUUGAUGGUAAUUGACAUGAUGAUGCAAUGGGAGUAUGCCUUGGCGAUAGAUCUAGGAGCCCUGUAACUGGAUUACAGUAAGGAAUCAUCAAAUGUCGAGCAACUUGAAAGAGUCGGCAACAACUUUGAGCUGAUUGCGAACCCUUUUCCACCGUCUCUCGUUUGCUCCUACGAUCAGCGUGUAAUAAUACCUCCCUGUUGCCAAUAGCAAUGGUGGCCAAGGAGACGCUGGAGUAAUUAGGAGACGUGAGCUCAUACUCAAACGUGUAGUAAUUUUUCCCAUCCACGCUUUUCUGCAAGAGGCGCAGAACCAGAAAAGAAGCAGAGGCAAAAUUUGAAGAGCUUCUGCUGAUAAAUCUUCUUCAUCCACUUGGAAACAUUUCAAUAGCUAUUUACGUGAAGAAACAGCAACACAAACCAACCUCUUGCAUGGAGUAAAUGUUGGGUUUUUGAGUUGGAGCAGCAUAAACAUGGCUGAUCAAAUCGGAUAUGACCUGCUCCUUUGGACCCAGUUCAUGGAUAUCCUUCUUCUUCGUCGGCAUGAACCUCGCCCUCACCACCAUCAAAACACAGUGAAUAUCCAAUGCAACAACAGAAAGGGGAAGAUUGCUAGCAUUAGGACUCACUCUCCAAUCUGAUGGGUAGAUGUAGGAAUACCCAUCUUCAAGGUCCACAUAACUCUGAUACUUCUUCAUCAUCUCUUCACCAGAAGCAGAGUUUAGUGGGAUUAGAGUACUUGUGGUGAGUGCUCCUCCCAGCCCCAAAACCAGUUGUCGUCUCUUCAACUUGCUAGCUUCUCCAUGGAAGGACGGCUCCGACGAGAAACUGACGGAUGGCUCGUUGCCUGCUGAUGAAGUUAAGGAAGAGACGGGGACCCUUUUGGCUAUUGAUGCAGAAGAAGCUGCUGCUGCUGUUGAAACCAAGCUCAUUGACAGUGAUGAAGCUACAACCAUCGUCGUUGCUUUGUUUCUUAACCACUGACCAGAGUGAUCCUUUUCAGCUGAAACGAACUUGGAAUAGUGGAUCCAAAGCCCAUGUCGGGCCAAAAUCCUAUCUUUUACCACACCCCUUAAAUGCCUGCCG